AUUUUUGCCGCCUUUUUUGAGCUGGAUAUCGUACUGGGUCAACGAACGGAACCAAGCUUCACCAUUUAGCGAGGCCAAGAAGUCAAGUUCUCCUUUUGACUAAUCCUAGCUUGUGAAAAGGAUUUCAUCUUCUUGUGAUUAUCAAAAAUAGGAAAUGGCUGCACAUCUUGAAGCUAAGGAGAUUGUCAAGCAAAUGAAGAUCUGUGAAAUAUAUGAAGAUUGUGCUCCUGCCACUUGUAAGUGCACACACGUCUCCUUUAUCAGAAUUGACUGAUAUUCCAGAGAAAAUAUUAAGGGAAAAGUAUGGGCUUUUUCCAUUGUACCAAUACUGUAAAGAUGAAACUGAAACUGUGGGAUUUAUAUCUCCUCUGCAGCUCCUGAAUGACUCUCUACUACGACAUGGAGGAUGGAAAGAUAUGGGUGCAGAAAAAGUUUUAAGUCUUGUGACUAAAGAAAUUUUAGACAAAAAGGAUCUUACCUAUUUUCAAGUCCCAGAACUGACCAAGCUAUGCAUUGGAAAGAAAUCAAGUAACAAAGAGGGAAGAUUGGCAAUUAAUGAAAAAGAUGCAAAAACUUUUUUGGGUAUUUAUCUUUAUCAAACCUGAAAAAAUAUUUAGAUGAGCAACAAACAGAAAGCAGAGAUUCUGCUUCUCAAACAAGGAGGGGAGCUAAAGACUUUGACUUGUAUGAUGACACUGUCUAUCCAAGUGAUAGCGGUCUUCGUAUUCCUAUGAAAGGGUCUCAGAUUUUAUGCUUCGCCAUCUUGGCAAUGAAUUCUAAGAGUCUAAAAAAAAAGUCAGUCACUAACACCUUGAAUCUAAGUGAACAUGAAGGGACGAUUGGUCUCAACAAAAUAUCAGACUUCUUGUUAUUUUGGAUAUUCCCUUUCCUUCUAAACUUUAGUCAGAGGAAAGUGGAAGAAAUGUUCAAAUUCCAUGAGGCUAACAAAAGGAAUCCUCAUGAUAUUAUCAAAACUGUGCAGAAAUCUGCAUUGGAUAUCCUCAAAGAGGCCACUCAAAAUUUGAAUUCUGAGAUUCAAGAUGGACUUAAGAAAAGGCUUAAAAAGCUUUAUGGUGAAGAAAAAUUGAGCAAACAGUACACUCUUUUGGAAUGCAAUGGAUCUCCAAUAGUUCUGGUCCCUUGUCAGUACAUAUUCCAUCAAGGAAAUCCUGUACCAUUAUGUCUUUAGGACAUAGGACGUAACUGGAAGAAAGACGACAGGUUAAUAUCAGCAGAAGAAUUCCUCAGUGAGUUUAUUGAUGAUGUGGAAGUUCAUGAGGACUACUUCAAAUGCAUGAGGGACGCCAGUCUGCGACAAGGUGUGGAUUAUGCCAUUAUUUUCCCGGACGAGAGUGUAUUUAAAUUAUUAUCGCAAGCUCUUGAACCGGACAUGAUGAGGGUUCUGAAACAUGUUAAGAGUCAGGGAAGAGGAAUGAUCACACCGAGCCAUUCAGUGGUGAAAUGCAGUGGUGGAAAUGUAGUUGUAUGCUUUUCUUAUCUUCAAGGAACAGAUGACAGCUCAAUCUCAGGAUUAUUUAGAGCUAUUGGUGCACAUUAUUGUAACCAUUUCAUGGUUAUCUUUUUGCCUGGUGCAACUCGCAGUAAGGAUGAUUCAUUUUGCAAGCAAGGCAACCUAUAUACUGUGCAAGGAGCUGAGGAGUUUUCUUUUAAAAAGGGAAAACUUCAAACGCCUCAACAUCAGAUAAGUUUUUGUCAGGGCAAGGCACAGUUUACUGCACAUGGCUUUCCAUCUUGCUAUGAUUGGUGGAGCAGAAAUGUCAUGAAGGAUCCUGAUUUUUCUUCUGCAGCUUCAGAGUACAGGAUUGUUCCCACCUUUGACCCCUCCAAGCAUCUUAAAGUAGCAUUUACUUCAGCAUCAAACCAAGACAAAUUGAGAAACAUUUGUAUCGAAAAGAGGGAAGAAAUUGGGAGAUCAAUUGAGAAGAGGAUGACAAAGAGAGGCAUUCAUGCUGUAAGUCUAGAUGGAACUCUUCUGUCUAAGAUUUACCGGUGUGGACGUAAAGACAACAUGGGAAUCCUUCUUGGUGUGAACAACACCCUUGGACCUGAAGAUCCACCUCCAAUGCUUAAACAGGCAGUUGACAAGAUUAUUUUCUAUCUAGCAUUGGCCUUUAUCAAAGCAGAUCUUCGAGAAGUUUUUCCUUCUGAACCUGAUGAGAAAGAUAGGGAAGGAAUAGGAGGUGAACUUUUGUCAUCAGCAUCAGCAUCGUCAUCAUCGUCAUCAUCCUCCUCUUCAGAAGAGAGUGAAGAAGAGUCAGUAGAGGAGACAAGUGGUAAGAAAAGGAGAAAGAGACAUUCACAUAGGAUAAAGAGUAAGCAGAGACUGAGGAAAUCAAGAAAAGUGAUACAUAACUUUGAGGACGAUGAUGGUAACAAUGAGGAGGAAGAUGAGGAGAGUGACAGUGGGUUUGGGCAUAUCGCCUCUUUUCUGCCUUAGAGCUAAUCUUGACGGACGUCUUUGCACGAUUUUAAUUGUAUGGAUAUCUUUGACCAGGUAAGGAUUCCAGACUGGUACAGCAUACUCUAAAAGAGGUCUAACCAAUGAUAUGUAAAGCAGUGAAAAGGUUCUUGUAUUAGCUGUGCCAACACACCAUUUUAUAAGCCCUAUAGGACCUGAUUGGCCUUGUUCACCAAGGUACUGAUAUGUUCACUCCAGGAUAGAUCUUUUGAUAUUAUAACUCCAAGAUCUUUGAAACUUUUAACAUUUUAACAACUGUUGACCAACAG